AAGAAUUGCCGGGUUUCUUCCUUUUCUUUCCUAUGAUAUGUUUAACUGUUUCUAACUCGCGAUUUUUACAGGGAUAGCCAAGGAGAAUCUUCGAGCAAAGAGUCCGGAGCUGAUGAAGAAAUUCAGCGUUCUAAGACUUGCUCAAGGGGCCAUCCAGCGACCCGAGGAUAAGCCUCUUCCCCUUCCUCCGAAGGACUCGGCGACUGUAGAGAAGGGUCUGGAGGACGUGCCCUCAGAGCAAGAGGCUCUCCGACUUCUCGAAGAGAGAAAACAAAUUCACAUCCCCGAUGAAUCUGAGAGGGUGAUUCCUCCACAGACAAGGGGGGUGAAAAAGAGUGGGAAGAAGAAGAGGAAGCGGGAUUCUUCUUCCCGCAAGGAGAGCUCGGCCAAGAGGCCCUCUGUGGGUACGAUCCCUACGGCCGUACCUCUCCGCAUAAGGUCGGUUGAUGAGGAGGCGUCGCCCCCUUCGGACUCUCCACGGCCAGCUUCGAACAAGGGGAAGGAGAAGGUGGGGGAGUCUUCCGCGGCUCCCUCAUCGCAGAUUGCUGAGGUUUAUCGUCGUCGGGAAUUUUCCCCUUUUCGACACGAGACACCCUUUCCGGAGUUGGGGCAUAAGGGCUUAAUUGUUCGUUUUAACAGGGCGACGUCCAACUUAAUCAGCAAGGUGGACGUCGACCUACUAGAGUCCAUGCCCCCCCGUGACAGGGUGCGUCAGGCACAAGCUUCGGCGGCAGAGGCGUUCAUACGGUUGGCUUUUGAGCUCGACGCAAACCGUCAAAGUGCCGCGGACCAGGAAACCAUUGCCGCCCUUACCUCUCGCUGUGAGGAGCUGAAUGACGAAUUAUCAAAAUUGCGGGAGGACCUGCCGGGCCUAAAAGAGAAACUGGCCAAGUGUUCUGAGCUGAAAGAGCGCUUGGUCAGGACCGAACAAUGGCGGGAAAGGGCAAGGAAGCAGCUGGACCAGACCGUCGAGAACUUAGAUGCUGCUUCCACCUGGUCUGCGAGCCUCGGCCAUGAAGUCGGCUUGCUGAUGGAGACCCAUUCCAAGCUCGUUCAUCAGAACCAGCAACUUAUGCAGCAAGUAUCGACUGAUUCUGCCCACUUCAAGAUGAUCCUAUCCGCGGCUAAGGUGUAUAAAUUGUGCUUAGCCAGGAAGGCCCGGAUGGCUCGAGAUUGGCUUCUUUCGGAUGAGCCGGAAGCGUCGAAGUUUCUUGGAGAUCUGACGGCGGAGAUGGUGAGAGCCGGAACCCUUAUCAGUGACGAAAAGUAUCGUUUGGCUGCCGCAGAGUUGGGCAUGGAUUUUACCUCCCUUCAGCAAACUGCUGAUCAGAAGGGAAGUGAAGCCUUGUCCAACCUUGCUCCUGUCUUGGACGGGGAGUCGGCGGUACUGGUCGACGCUGCUUGGGAUGCGGAUGAAAGGAGAGCCUGGUCCGAAAGGAUGGAUGCUGAGGCUGAGAGGGAGGCUUUAUGUCUCGACUUGGAUCAGCUGGCUCUCUCUUCUCCUCCGGCGUCAGAUGUCCCGGAAAACUUGACGCUCUCCAACCUGGAGGUUUUGUGCCUUGAUCUAUCGAAUCUUAUUAUUGACGAAGGUAGGAACCUCCAGGGCUUGUCCCGAGAGCUGUCCGAGAUCGGAGUGGAGCUGUUUAACGUUGAAGAUUAUGUAAGCUUCACUCCCAGUCUUGAAGAGGGAAAGAUCGAGCCUCCUCUGCCGCCGGAUCAUGACGUCGAGGCUUUUUUGGAAGAUGUAUAG